UAGCCGCCUUCGAUAGGCCAUCUCUAGAUGACACAGCUCUGAGCAGGAAAAUAUACACAGCAAAAAGUGCGAAUCGGAAGCGUUUUCUCUGGCCACAGCUGAAGAUUUAUCCAGCAGAAGCAAUCACUUGCUAGACCACAUCAUGUCUGGCUCCGGACUCGACGAUAAUCCCUUCGGGGAGCCCAAUUGGGAGAAUCCUUUUGCGGAUCCAGCUAUCCAGCAGGCACAGCGUCUGGCCGGCGGAGCAGUCGUCUCUCUGGAAGACUACAAUCCGUUCGAGGAGCAGGCUAAGCCGCAGUUGCAAAUCAACUCAACGAACACGGCGGCGGUAGUGCAGCCGCUGUCUCAGAACGUUCCGCCCCCGCAGACCAGUUCGCUGGGCGCUUCGGCGCCAAGCACUAGCAUACAGAUAACCUCCGAGGAGCUGCAGCGUCGGCAGGAGGAACUGGAUAGGAAGGCCGCCGAGCUGGAUCGUCGCGAACAGCAGCUCCAAGGAAAUGUGCCGCAGCUGAACAAUUGGCCUCCGCUGCCGGAUAACUUUUGCGUGAAGCCCUGCUUCUACCAGGAUUUCGAGGUGGAAAUACCGCCAGAGUUCCAGAAACUGGUCAAGCGAUUGUACUACAUUUGGAUCUUUUACACCAUGACGCUGUUGGCGAAUGUGAUCGGCGGUCUCAUUUUGAUGUUCCAUGCUGGAGAAAUCGGGACCUUCUUCUUGGCAAUUUUCUACACGCUGCUCUUCUCGCCCGCCUCGUAUGUCUGCUGGUUCCGACCGGCGUACAAGGCAUUCCGGAACGACUCGAGCUUCAACUUUAUGGUCUUCUUCUUCAUCUAUUUCUUCCAAACGCUCUACUCGGUCGUCCAAGCAGUGGGCUUCCAAAAGAUGGGAUACUGCGGCUUCAUUACGGCCAUCUCGCAGUUCGAUGGCGAGGCGGCGGGCAUCAUUGUGGGCAUCCUACUGCUGAACGUGGCCUUCUGCUUUACGGCCGUGGCCGUGGCCAAUGUGCUGAUGAUCACUAAGAUCCAUACGAUCUAUCGCAGCACUGGGGCAAGCAUGGCCAAGGCACAGGCCGAGUUCACCACGGAGUUUCUGCGAAACCAGCAUGUCCAGGAGGCGGCCUCCUCGGCCGUCAACUCGGCCAUCAACUCGCAGUUCAAUAAUAGCAGAUACUAAGUAGGUCCCUCAGCCUUGAUCCAGCGAUCUGACCACAAUUCUAUCUGUCCGAUCAAAUAAUCAAACGAGGUAGUCGAACCAACCAAUCAUCCCGAAACCGAAAGAGAUGCAAGAGCGAGAAGUAGAUGGACAAUGAGGGAACGAGAAGUCCAAGGGAAGUCCGAAAAAAAAAAGAAAACAAAAAGACAAAAAUACAAACAAAAACAACAAAAAUAGAAGCGAUACUAAAGCAAGCAUUGGAGCAUUGAACUAAUUAAACUAUUUGCUUUUGUGCAUAAACAAUUCCUAGAAUGCCGUCGUCUUUAUUACAAAUAAUUACUCUGUAAUGAUAACACAAAAACACAAUGCAUAAAGAAUAUUUAUAAAGAAGUAAGGAGGAAACAAACAACAAAAAUGAAACUAAAACUAGAAGUUAAACAAAGAUAUAGUAAAGCCGAGCGAUGUGAGAACUUAGCGGCCCCGAUGCCUUUGACACACAGCUGCAGCAGUUUAAGGAAAGGCCGGUGUGCAGUAGAUUAAUCAAUUUCCAACUAAUUCAAGCAUAGCCGAGCAUUAGCUUCGAAGGUACGUCCAUCCAUAUGUACCGCAAAAUAAUUCCCUUAUGAAAAUUACCCAGAAAUUAUAGGCCCUUGAUAGUACGAAGCGAAGAGGACUUAAAGCUACAGCUGAUGAUGUUUUCUAGUUCUAUAAGUCAUUGAAACGAUUAAACAAAUACCCACCCCUCCCAUCACAACCCUUUACAAGCGAGACACACACACAAACACACAUAUAUAUAUAUAUAUAUAAACGAUCUUAUAUAAACAUAAUAUUAAUAAUAUAUUUAACGCUUACAUUAUACAACUUUAUUCUUUGUCGAAGCAACAAGACAGAGACGAAAUUCAUUUUUCAUCCCAGCUGUGCUCAUGUCCCUGUCCGCUCUGUCUCCGCCCCCUGCGGGUCACGCCCCCUCCGCUCACUCCUUUGACCCCCGCAUAACCCCCCCCCACCCCCUCCAUGUUUCACACUCACAUGAAAUGUCGUGUCGUGUUUUUUUGUAAUUGUAAUUGUUAUAUAUUAUCUAUGUAUAUGAAGACCACAUAUAAAAUAUUGAUUCACUUAAGUAUUCCCGUUUCCUAGAAUCAUUCUUUUCAUUUCCGUUUCCGGUUUCGUUUUACAAUUGCUUGCAAAUCAAAAGUUAUGUUAUUUAAAAUUUAUAUUUAUUAACAAGCAAGUGGAUACUGAUCUGAUCCUAUCGAUGUGUAUUUUGAAAUUUAUGCGAAAAUUUAUGGAUAAAUUCAAAAAUAAAUAAAAAUACUUAUAGAUGUAAUGGA